CACUGAGUACGUCACUUCCGCCAUCGAUUCUCGACGAGCAAGAUGGCGGAAGAUCCCGAAGCCUUGCUGCAACUCCCUCCGUCAGCGGCUGCAGCCGGCGGCGAGAAUCUUUCGGAGCUCUCCCCAGAAACUGCCACCCCAGAACCCCCGUCUUCGGCCACAGUCUCCCCGGGGACGGAGGAGCCUCCCGGUGACACCAAGAAAAAAAUUGACAUCCUGCUGAAGGCUGUAGGAGAUACCCCUAUAAUGAAAACAAAGAAAUGGGCUGUGGAGCGAACCCGAACCAUCCAAGGACUCAUUGACUUCAUCAAAAAGUUCCUUAAACUCGUGGCUUCGGAACAGUUGUUUAUUUAUGUGAACCAAUCCUUUGCCCCUUCCCCAGACCAAGAAGUUGGAACUCUAUAUGAGUGUUUUGGCAGUGAUGGUAAACUGGUCCUACAUUACUGCAAAUCACAGGCGUGGGGAUGAGCCACCGAUGAACAGCUAGAUAUCGUCACAGAAGAAAGAAAGGGCUCGGCUUAAUGACUAUCAAAUACUCAGCAUGAAUCUGCCAUGAGUUGUGCUUUUGUGUAAGAAGACAUCAUAAAUGGACUAAAAAGCGAGAUUUGCAUUACCAUACAAUCAUGAAAGACUAGUGCGCACAUUACCCCCUCCCACUCCUGUUUCAGAUCUGCCUCCAAGGUUAGAAAGGGGGCUAGAACUCUAUUGCGGGUUCUCAGGAUGACUGACGUUCCUUGUGGAGUUGGCACUGUGUUCUUUCCAUGGUAAAGACUGACUGACUUACUGAAGGGUUUGUGUUUCGAGGUGGUUUUUUUAACUUAUUCAGGGAACCUCUGUUUGUUUGGAAUAUGGAAUGUUUACAUUUGUCUGUAUCGCUUUGUGAAACCAAGCGCACUGACUUGUCUCAGUGCCUUAAGUUAUCCAGUAGAGGGCAGUCCAGUUGGCAAAAUGAUUUGACAGUUGUGACAUCUUUGCCAGGUGAUUGGAGGAAUGACUGUUGAACCUAGUUUCUAGUUAAUGUGUAAUCAGGAAAGCAACUAUGUUGACAGACUGGAAGAAUUGGAGGAUGUGCAUAGUUUAAAAUUAAUCAUGCUGGGAAACAAUUGUACGGAUUGUGAGCAAAUGAGUCCUCAACGCUUUUCAGUCCUGCCAUUUAUGAUGCUUGUGCUUCAGCCUGGGCAUUGAGAUCACACUUGUAAUUCUAGCACUCAGGAAGCCUGGGCAGGAGGAGGGGCAGGAGUUCAAAGCCAGUCUGGGCUGCAAAGAAUUUAUUCCAAACAGACUCCUGACCCCCACCCAGUGUAUUCCUAGUGUCAGUUAUCUGUGUCAAAGCCAUUGACUUACUAAACCCAGCAACAUCAUCAAGCUUUUGAUUCAUCCCAGCCCUCAUAUGUAAGUUGUGUGUUUUUAGUUUGUUUCUUUGCUGUGCUGGAGAUCAGUAUACAUUCGAGGCAAUGGCUCUGCAUAGCUGCAUCUCCCACACUCAUUGAAUGCUUCAUAAAGUGUUUUCCAAAUUGAAAGCAUUCAAAGAUAGUGAUUUAAAAAUAGCCUCCAUAGGCCAGGCGGUCGUGGCGCAUACCUUUAAUCCCAGCACUCAUGAGGCAGAGGCAGGUGGAUCUCUGUAAGUUCGAGGCCAAUCUGGUCUACAAGAUCUAGUUCCAGGACAGACUCCAAAGCUACAGAGAAACCCUGUCUCAGAAAAAGCCUCCAAUUUUAUGUGUCUUUCAUACCAUCAUGGAAAACAGUAUUACUGUUACUGGUGUCAUUAGACUGGUCGUUGCUUGAAGUAAGAUUUAACUUUUUUUUCUCAUGUACCAUAUUUGUUACGCUUUCUUUUGGGGGGAGAGAGUGUGGACUCUGCCUAGCCUGGAACUCACAGAGAUCUGUUUACCUACUCUGCAUCAUGAGUGCUGAGAUUUGAGGUAUGGACCACCUUGCCCUGCUCCAUAUGUGUCUAAGAGUAUUUGAACCAGAACCAGAACCAGACAUGAUAGUGCACACUUCUCCAGCACUCAGGAAGCUGAGGGAUGAAAUUAACCCUUCCCCUCCCCUGAAAAAAGCGUUCCAAUAAAUUAAAUGUCUAACCCGAUUACAGGAUUUAAAGUAUGUCAGAAUUCCAAGGGUUUGCUUUCAAAAGUGAUGAUAGAAAAAGACUUGAAUUACUCUUGUUUGUUUUUUCUGAGACAGACUGUGUCACUCAGGCUGACCUGCCUUGGGCUUUUGGGUGCCAGGCUUGGGCACCACUGCUUCUGGCUCAUUUUUAGCCCUAAUUUUUAGAGUGUACUUUAUAGUAGUACUCAGCUAUGUGAGCAUGGCGGAUGCUGUGUGACAACACAGCACAGUGCUGUUGGCUGCUUGUUUCUGUCCAAGAACGAGUUUUGGAUGUCCCCUUAUCAGCAUCGCCCUGGAGUGAGUUAAUACAGGUGAUAGUUCACAGAGGGAGGAUGUGGGCAGUGACGUGUACACCUGAGCUCCAUAGGGAAAGGUCUGUUCUACCUCUGCCCACUGCGAGGUUCCUGAAAGAACACAAUGGUAGAUACUUAACAGGAGAAAUAAUGUUGGAUUUAUUGUUUGCUGAUGUUCUAGAUGACAGAGUGCUUAUUACCUCCAUAAAAUCAGAAAUACUUGAGUUUGAAUUUGUAAUUUUUACCAAAAUAACUUAUUGCCAUAUUAAAUCAAAAGUUAACUAAA